AUGGGUCUCGCAAGUAAGAUGGCGGCGGCUUCUGCGGCGUCUGGGUAUCCUCCGCCGCCAGGUGGACAAGGUGGCUACCCUGGCCAGCCACAAUAUCAAGCAUAUCCAGGUGCCCAAGGUGCCGGUGCUCCCGGGCCACACAUGCCUCUAUCAAGCAAAAUGGCCUCUAGCUACAGCGCUUAUCAGCCCAACGCUGGGCAGGCGCCAAAUCCUUAUACGCAGCAGCAACAGCCUGCACCUCCCAUGCCCCCGCGUCCUGGUUCGUACGCGCCGCCACAGUCACCAUUUGCGCAACCGACAGCUCCAAUUCCCUAUGGCACAUCUUCACCGUAUCCUCAAGGACAGUCGGGGUAUAACAGGCCUCCUCCGCCACCACCAGGACAACAGCCUCAAUCUCCAUAUCCUCAGGCGCAGUCUCCGUAUCCUCAAUCACCAUUUCCCCAGUCGCCACAGUCAAACCAGGCGCCUCCAGCGCAGUGGAAUCAACCCCAGGUCCCACCGCCCUACGGACAACCACCUCCUCAACAGUACCAGCAGCAAAACCAAUGGGGCCAACCACAACAAUCCACUUACGGACAGCCGCCGCAGCAAUAUAGCCAACCUUACGGCCAACAGCCCCCUUAUCAGCCAAAUGGUGGCCCUCCAGGACAGCCUCCGCAGGGCCAGUAUGGCGCACCUCCACCACAGGGAGGCUAUGGCGGCCCCCCUCCUCCUCAACAGGUUCAAGCUGGGCCAGCUGAAGUUGCAGGCUACAAACAGUUGCUGCAAGCUUGUAUCCAAGAAAAGGGUCUUCAGAACUUCCCAAUUUGUCAGAACCUCGACCGGAUCGCCCAAGAUGCACCCUCAAAGAUCAACCAAGUCAUCCAGCGCUGGCGUAUCCAAAAGGAGAUCGCCAAUGACAUUGUCAAGCUGGCACUAUACGACAUCGUUCUAUACAUCGACGACAGUGGUUCCAUGCAGUUUGAAGAGGAAGGCAGCCGUAUCAAAGACUUGCGCCUUAUUCUGGAACGAGUCUCCUUUGCUGCCACGCUCUUUGACAACGACGGAAUCUCAGUCCGGUGCAUGAACACCGACCUCUCCAAUGCUCGUAACCAACAGGGUCGACCUCUCCAAGACGGCGUCGCCACUGAGGCUCAGAUCGAAGAGAUCAUGCGUGGUGUGAACUUCAAGGGCCUCACGCCCAUGGGCAGCUCUAUGGAGACAAAGGUCAUCAACGAGAUAGUACUUCAAAAGGCACGAUCCGGACAGAUGCAGAAGCCAGUACUCGUCAUCGCUAUAACUGAUGGACAACCGGCGGGUGAACAGCCGAACAAAAUCUUUGAUGUCAUCAAAGGAACAUACAGACAACUCCAGUCAACGCCCUAUGGCCGUGGCGCUGUCGCCUUUGAGUUCGCCCAGGUUGGAAAUGAUACGACUGCCAGGGCAUUCCUCGGUAAACUUGAUGAGGACCCUGAGGUUGGCCCUAUGGUUGACUGCACAUCCAACUUUGAAAACGAACAGGAAGAGAUGAUGCGUGCCAACCCACCUGUCGAUCUCACACCGGAUCUUUGGAUCAUCAAGCUUCUUCUUGGUGCUAUUGACCGAAGCUACGAUUCCAAGGACGAGAAGACCAACCCAGCGCCCGGAGGCUACGGUGCACCACCUGGUCAAUAUGGCGCGCCUCCGCAAGGCUACGGUCAGCAGCCACCGCAAGGCUAUGGUCAACAGCCGCCCCAAGGCUAUGGCCAACAGCCACCACAGGGUUACGGUGCUCCACCUGGUCAGCAACCCCCUCAAGGCUAUGGUGCUCCUCCACAAGGCUACGGCCAACAGCCACCCCCACCAGGUCAGUAUGGUCAGCAACGACCGCCUCAAGGUGGUCCCGGCGGAUACCCAGGUCAACAACAGUACGGCCAACCGCCGCCAGGUGGCAGUUUUUACUUCAUACACAUCCGUGCCAUCGACAAUGCUACGGAAGUACCUCUUGCUCGCGCUCACCGUUCCAUUAGCACCGCAAUAAACGACUGGAAAUACGAAAACCUGCAAUGGAACUCCACUGACCUCAAUCGCGGUCUCUGCGUGCGGUUCAGAUUGAAAUGCGAAGAAGAAAGAGAAAGGGAAUGGGAAGACAAAGAGAAGACGCGUGAUAUACAGAAUCUAGCGCAGCAAAACGGUGAGAGGAUGCCGGACAAGCGGGAGGCGCUAGCUAUGGCUUGUAUGAUGAAAGUAGCAAGGAGGGCCGUUGGCCACGUGCUCCAGGAAAAGGACUUUGGGGCAAUGGGUCAGAAGGAGUUCGUGAUCAUUAGUACUGAAAGCGAAGGGACAGUUCAAGCGAGCCUGUCUGUGGACAGUAAAGAGGAACAGAGGGUUGUUGCGGGAGUCAUUGGCAACGAUUAUUUCGAGGCUGUUUACGCGCUCAAUGAUGCAGUAGGUCAACGACACUCGCUAUCUGAAGCUUCACAGAUCUUCUCUCCUACAGUCUCUAUCAUGUACACCUCGGCGCUCUUUCUCGGCGCUCUUGCCGUCCUCCUCGACACCGCAUCCGCCCAUGGCUUCGUCAAGGGUGUCAACGUGAAGGGAACCUUUACCAACGGCUCUGACCCAGUCUGGUACUACUAUGCCAAGGAUGCUCGUCCUCAAACUGCAGGCUGGGAUGCCCUGAACCAAGACAUCGGUUUCGUCGAGCCGAACUCCGUCGGCACUGCUGAUGUGAAUUGCCACAAGAGCGCCACAGCCGGACGUCUCUAUGCCAAUGUCAAUGCCGGUGACACUAUCGAAUUUGAAUGGAACACUUGGCCCGACAGCCACAAGGGCCCGAUCAUCAACUACAUUGCACCUUGCGACGGUGAUUGCACCACUUUGACACCAGGUGCUCUUCGCUGGUCAAAGAUUUCUCAGUCGGCUAUAAUCAGCCCCGGAACCUGGGUCACAGAUAAGCUCAUUACGGACAAGUUCAAGGUCUCUACUGUUCUUCCAGCCAAACUUGCACCUGGCAACUACGUCAUCCGCCACGAGAUCAUUGCACUCCACGGCGGUCAGAACGUCAAUGGCGCGCAACUGUACCCUCAGUGCUUGAACCUCAAGGUUGGAGGUAGCGGUUCCGUUAAGCCGUCUGCUGGUGUUCCAGGUACUAGCUUGUACACAAAAGACAUGCCUGGCAUUGUGUUCAACAUUUACACCAACCCUACCACUUACACCUUCCCUGGUCCGGCUCUGUGGACUGCCGCUAACUAA